UUCUGGUCCUGACUCAGUCCUCAAGGCUUCAAACCAUCGCUUCAUUCCUGUCACCAAUGAUCGCUAAGGAUUCUGGACUAGAGCCUCUCGAUCCUGCAUAUGUGGCAGAUGUGCUUUCCAGACCUCCUUUUGUUCAGAUCCCAGGCGUGUGCAACGUCCGCGAUCUAGGUUCAUAUCCUACUGCGACUCCAGACGUAGUUACAAAGCCCGGUUAUGCCUAUCGUUCAGCAGAGCUUUCCGGUAUCACCGAAGAAGGUGCACGGAAAAUGGUCUCGCUCGGAAUUCUGACCGUCUUUGAUCUGCGAUCAGAUCCGGAGAUGAGAAAGUAUAGCUCUCCGAUACCUACCAUCGAGGGUGUACAGGUAGUCCACACGCCCGUAUUCAAGAGCGAGGAUUACAGCCCAGAAAAGCUCGCCAAGAGGUUUGAGCUCUACGCAACCGGAACAACAGAGGCUUUCAUGAUCCUUUACUCCCAAAUACUAGAACACGGCGGGCCCGCAUUCGGUACCAUUCUACGCCAUGUUCGGGACAAACCAAAUUCUCCUUUCAUCUUUCACUGCACGGCUGGGAAAGAUCGGACAGGAAUUAUCGCUGCCAUCCUUCUCAAGCUAGCAGGCGUGGACAAUCACUUUAUCUCGCAAGAUUACUCCCUUACACGAGUAGGACGCGAACCAGACCGCGCAAAGGUCCUAGGAAGACUCAUGAAAGAGCCUUUGUUUGCUGCCAACUCUGAAGCUGCAAUGCGCAUGCUGACAUCUCGAUACGAGACCAUGCGAGCCUUCUUCAAUCUCCUGGAGGAGAAGUAUGGUGGCGUAGAGACGUAUGUCAAGACUUAUACCGAGCUAACAGACGAAGACCUGAAAAACAUCCGUUCAAACCUCGUCGUUCCAGCAAAGUCUCGGAUGUAGAUAUUUUUGGUCUCUUGCCACUUACCUUGCAUCAUAUCACCACUGCCCAUCAUUGAUUCGUCAUGUUAUCCAUCAUUAGAGU